AUGACGGACCUAGUAUCCCCAUCAGAUCAACCGGUGUCUCAAGAGGAGGGCUCGUCGUUGAAUGUACCGGCUCGGUUUCCACCCAAGAUGGAGGAGUCGUUGCAUUUGCAGGAUCUGGAAUUGAUGAUGCAUUGGUGUACGACGACAUAUCGCUCCAUGGCCCGCGAUCAUGCAGCCGAGACUUUGUGGCAGAUGGCCAUUCCUCAAUUAUCCUUGCGAUUUCCCUCCCUGCGACAUGGACUCCUAGCUCUAUCAGCCUUGCAACUGGCCGGGGAGAGCUCAAAUCCCGAGCGAAAAUGGCGAUAUCUACUCUCGGCGCGCGAGCAUCAAACUCAUGCCCUGGCAGGUGUGCACUUCGACGACGCCGAGGACCUCACCACAGCGCAAUGUAAUGCCUCGUUUGCGCUAUGCUGCGUGUUGCUGGUCUUUCCAUUUGCAUAUUGUCUAAUUGAUGACUCGGCCGAGGAGGACGAGGAGGAGCAACCCGAAGUCUUGGAUGAAUUCCUGGAAGUCUUUGACCUCACACGCUGGCUCGUGGGCGCGAUGAGACUCACCAUGGACCGAGUCGCCAACGGCGAACUAUAUCCGCUCGUACGACCGGAUCCCACACGGCCCACGAUGCCGGAUAUGUCUCAAUUGGUCAUUUUGGCGCUGAGACGGCGGAAUGCGGUGGAAGCGGAGCGAGAUCCGUCUCACGAAAAGGGUGUAUAUGACCAGGCCCUCGAGCAUUUACGGUACUCCCUGGAACAACUCAUGAGUGGAGGAGAACCCAAGGAUUUCGCUUUUUGCUGGGCAUUCCGUAUUCCCGUGCGAUUCCAGGAUUUGGUUCGGGAGCGGCAGCCUUUCGCUUUGGUCGUGCUUGCUCAUUACGCUGUGGUCCUGCAUCAUUUGCACGAUUCCUGGUGGAUGGGUAAUUGGGGCACUCGUAUUUUGAAGGAGAUUGUCGACUAUUUGGACCCUGAGUGGCGCGAGCUGAUUAGCUGGCCCAUUGACGCGACGGGGUGUUUGUUGCCUGAGGUAUGA